AUGCUGAAGACGCUGCUCUUGGUCAGUCUGGCCACAUUGGCCUUGGCCAGUCGUCAUCACAAAUUUGGAAGGUAAGUUUAGAUGAUGCAAAAAGACCUUUUUGUUGCGUAAUCUUAUGUACCUAAUGUUUUCAGUUACAACCUUGACAGAAUCGAAGAACCAGACAGUCAAGGUAGUCUGAGACAGCUCAUUGAGAAGGGAUACAAGGACUGGGAGACUUUUAAAAAUCUCCAUUCGAAGGAAUUUGAGAACGAAGAUAUCGAAAAUGAGAGAAUGCUCGCCUUCUUGAUGGCCAAGCAGCACGUUAAAGUUCAUAAUGACGCUUAUGCCCAAGGAAAAGUCAGCUUCAAGAUCGGAAUCAACCAUAUCGCCGAUCUGGUAAGAUAUAUGGAAAGACGCAUUACUUUACCUGAGCUAUGAGCAUUAAUUUUUAUAUUUAUAGCCUUUCGCUGAAUACCGUCGUCUUAACGGAUUCCGUCGUACCUUUGGUGAUAACAUUGCCUCCAGAAAUGCGACCAAAUGGCGAGCCCCCUUGAACUUUGAAGUCCCCGAUGCCGUUGAUUGGAGAGAUGAAGGAUACGUGACUCCAGUCAAAAACCAGGGAAUGUGUGGAUCCUGCUGGGCUUUCUCGGCCACCGGAUCUCUCGAAGGUCAACAUAAGAGAGCCACUGGAAAGCUGGUCUCUCUCUCCGAACAGAACUUGGUCGAUUGCUCCGCGGACUUUGGAAACAACGGAUGCAAUGGUGGACUUAUGGACUUUGUAAGUUGUAAAGUCUGAGAAGAGAAACAAUUUUCACUUUAAGGCCUUCGAAUACGUAAAGCAGAACCACGGAAUCGACACCGAAGAGUCAUACCCCUACAAGGCCAAGCAGAAGAAGUGUCAUUUCCAGAAGGCUGAUGUCGGCGCUGAUGACACUGGCUUCGUGGAUCUCCCAGAAGCCGAUGAGGAACAACUCAAGGCCGCUGUGGCCUCGCAAGGACCUGUGUCUGUGGCCAUUGAUGCAGGCCAUCGCAGCUUCCAACUCUACAAAACUGGAGUCUAUUACGAGAAACAUUGCAGUCCAGAACAGCUGGAUCAUGGUGUUCUUGUAGUAGGAUACGGAACUGAUCCCGAACAUGGCGACUACUGGAUCGUCAAGAACAGCUGGGGAGAGGAAUGGGGAGAGAAAGGAUACGUUCGCAUCGCCCGCAACCGAAACAACCACUGUGGAAUCGCCUCGAAGGCCAGUUAUCCGCUGGCUUGA